AUGGAGGUUUUGGUAAAGGCGGCGGUGGCCGAGAUCAGCAAACUGGUUGAUGACAAUAGUGCUUUCCUGCACCUGGAAAUCUCGCGGAAGCAGAGCGAGAACGAGAUAUUGAAGAGGAAACUGCUCGCCGCGGAGAAUAAAAACACGCAGAUGCAGCGACUGUUCGAAAACUUGGUGGUGGACAGAUCAAAUGAUGGAAGAAACUCUUCACAUCCAACAGGAGAGGUCAAGUGUCCAGAAAUAGAAGACCCCAAUGUUUCGUUCAGUAUCAAGGAAGAGAGUCCGGAUGAAGUUCUGUGGAUCAGUGACCCGGCCAGCUCGCUACAGUACCAGAACGUUUCAGAUAGGUUCGAAGAGGACCACCAGAAAAAUGCCUCAGACUGUGGGGACUCGUUCGCGUCAGGUGAGCACGGAGACGAGGUAAGCGGCCUCCACACACUAGUCAAGACGGAGAAGGAUGAGACUGCAUCAGGUGGAUUCGCUCGGGAUGGGUGCCCGCUGGGCACCACCAAGCAAAAUCAACUGGCCGACUUGUCGCUGGACGAGCGAGACCACCAGCUGUGGUCAUCCAUCAUCAACGGGGACGACAUCGAGACUUCUUUCCCGGACUUUUCCAGUGUGGUGGACGAGUACUCGGACAGCUUCUCUGAGCAACCGCGCAAGUCACAACGGUCCUGUAACAGUGCUUACGAGGACGAGUACCCCAAGGACCCACCGUCCUCCACCUUUCCGCUCGGCUCACAUUCAGACACGCGUAAGGAGCAGGUCUACCCACAGCGACGUCCCCAAGUUGGGGAACCAUCACUGUCAGACGGCCCUGCGGCUGCCACCUUGCGGGGUGCUUUCUCCCUCUCUGAGACUGACCGCCGACCUUUGCAGCGGGGUUUUGCCUGCGGGCAGUGCGGUAAGACCUUCUCGCGACUACAUCAGUUUAAGCUGCACCAGCAGAGCCACAAGCGCAAACGGGCCUUCUGGUGUGCCGUGUGCGGCAAAGGCUUCCAGUGCUCGUCGCACCUCAGCAUCCACCACCGCACGCACACUGGCGAGAAGCCGUACAGCUGCCUACAAUGCGGAAAGCGCUUCACGCAACAGAGCAGCCUACGCGUGCACCAGCGCACACACAGUGGCGAGCGGCCGUACAAUUGUGCCGAGUGUGGAAAGACCUUUAUCCUCAUGCACCACCUCAAGCGACACUGCGUCAUUCAUACGUACAGCUGA